AUGGACGAGAUCGCCUGGGGUGAAAAUUGCAACGCCCUGAUCUCAGGGGGGCGGGGCGUUGGGGGGGACCCCUCGGAGGGCGAGACGCCAGCGGACUGCUGGACGGUCGCCUUCGGCAACUCGUACAACGACUCGGAGCGCUGCAUCGCCGCGGGCUACGACAACGGGGACGUCAAGCUGUUCGAUCUGCGGACGAUGACGCUGAGGUGGGACACCAACGUGCGGAACGGAGUGUGCCACCUCCAGUUCGACCGCAAGGACAUCCGCAUGAACAAGCUCGGGGUCUCGACGCUCGAGUCCACGCUCUGCGUGUACGACCUGCGGACCUACCAUCCCACGGAGGCGAGGAAGCCUCCCCCUCAGCCUCCUCCCGCCUCCCUCCCUUGGAGGAGUAGGCCCCCCCCCUUUUCUUCAGAGCACGGCGUCCGCGCUCAUGCCACCGUCCCACCUCCCUCCUGGGCAGCCCGCGCUGCGCUGUGGGGCAGCGCAGGCUGA